AUGAGCUCAGCGAAAACUGGACGCCGGAGGAGAUCUAGCAGCAUCAUAUACCAGGAGCCGGCAGAGUCACAAGAACAGCUUGCAGAUCAGUCAGCACUGCCCAACUUGAACUCACAAUGGGUCAACGCAAAAGGAGCGUGGACUAUUCAUCCCGUCCUCAUUAUCGGGCUAAAGAUCCUGUUUGAUGUCAUUCCCGGCGUGACGCAAGAGCUCUCAUGGACGUUAACGAACAUUACCUACAUGGCUGGCUCUUACCUCAUGUUCCACUACGUUCGAGGCGUACCAUUCGAAUUCAACGCCGGAGCAUACGACAACCUCAACAUGUGGGAGCAGAUCGAUAACGGUGACCAGUACACGCCGGCCAAGAAGUUCCUGUUGUCAGUGCCGAUAGGGCUUUUUCUGUUGAGCACCCACUAUACCCACUACGACCUGACGUACUUUAUUGUGAAUUUUAUGGCGUUGAUGGCGGUUGUCAUUCCAAAGCUGCCACAGUUUCAUCGGAUGCGCAUCGGUAUAUUUACUCAACCAGAAGAAUGA